GAGCAGCUGGGACGGCAUCGAUCUCAUAUACGUUUGCUGUGAAUGGCUCGGCGCAGCUUGACGUUCCGUCCUGCUCGGCAUCAGCAACAGACCAAGUGGAGUGGAAGAGCGGUAACGUGCGUUUAGUGAAAGGAAAACCUGCCGACGCUUCGAAAUCCAAGCUGGAUACAAAAUGUAACUGUAAAAUAAUGCCGAACGGAGCCCUGCACCUCCAACGCCUGGUGAGGGAGGGGGACUACAAAGUAGAAGUGCACAACGAGAAAGGAGAACUGAGGUGUUCCGGAACAGUGUCGGCCAAAACACAAUAUCCGGUGGACCAGCCGUUCAUGAACCACACGUGUAAAGGGAAGAAACAGGCAGAAGUGGGUUGUUUUAUCUCUCGGGGAUCGGAUCUGGAAUUACAUCUGAAACAGGACAACAAAAAAACGGUGCCGCUGAAAGGGAAAUCGCUGAUCAUUUUUGGGUGGAGCAAUCAGUCCACAAACGUGACCUGUACCGCCAGCAACCUAGUCAGCCAGACCUCCAUUUCCAUCAUCAUCAACUGCGAAGGAGACGUGGUAGACUGGUACAUCUACCUGGCCGCCGCCGCCGGAGGAGUGGCCUUCAUUAUCUUCAUUGCCCUCAUCGUGUACAGCGUGAGAACGUGCCGAAGGCCAAAGCGGGAAAGAGCCGAGGAGACCAUGUACUGCAACGACCGGAGGCAGGUCAUCCAGGAGCGUCAGCUGCCGCAGCCCCCCGUCCAGGCCAGCGCUCCCCCGCCAAGUUACUACACCACCGAUGAAACCGAAGACGUCUCCUCCGAAAGGCCGCCGACCCAAAGACUGGAGGCGCCGGAGGCCGCACCGACGGGCAAGAAAGCUCGAAGGCCGAGACCCCCCGAGCCCCCUAAUGGGCAGCCGGAGAGCGUUCUGCUUAACCCCCAGGGCCCGGCUCCGCAACAGACGAAGCCAGCCCUGCCGGGAAAUCACCCCAAGGAUCAAGCACCAAAGCCGACGCCGCGCACCAAGUCCAAACCGACACGGCAGAACCGGAAGAGACACUAG